AUGGAGCAACCCAUAAGUAAAUUGCAGCACUUGUUCAUGAGAGAAUACUUAAGUAGAAGUUGUCGCCGCCAUUUGAAAAUAUCUGGGAGCAAUAAAGGCCAUCAGAGUCGUUUUCAGAUCCAAUCCAGUGUCGAUUGUGUGGCUGCUCACUUUUGUCUGAUCGAAUCGUCAGAAACCACUGAAUCAGCCACUUUGCUUCGCUCGCUGGCUGGCCAACUGACAAAACGUUUCCCAAACCUUGUCCUGCCUAAGCUUUCUACGCUCACUCUACUAGCCGACUAUGACAAUGCUUUGGAGCAAUACUUCACCCUGCCAUUGGCAUCACUGCCUCGUCCAACCAAACCACUGUUUAUUCUUAUCGACAACAUUCUGCCACAUAUCUAUGAUCUAGUAUUAGCGGUAAGUCGAUAUUGUUACUUGUGGCUUUUACCUGACAUACACCCUCAUUAUUUCAUUAUUUACAAAAAUAUUGUUAUAUGGAUAAACACUACUCAAUUUAAGAGUUCCUGGUUUUUCGUUGAUCAAAUGGCUCGUGCCGUCGAUGCUGGAAUUGUCCCCCCUGAUCGUGUGUCAUGUAGCGUGAAGGACCUGAUGGACGACAUCUGCCUCGCUCUACCUCAACGACUGCCAAUUUACCUUUUGUUGAUUAAAGUACGUUUUAUUGAGCAUGACCAAUUGUUUUCCGCUAGGCAGACUCACUUCGAAAAUACCUGGCUUUUCAUUCGGUACCAAUUUUCUAAUCCUUUAAUGGUGUGUGGGCCCUGGGCGGAAAUCGAUGGUGAUCUCGCACUGUAUCAUACAGCAUGGGCAGAAUUCUAUAAGACGAAACGACGUAAGACGCCACAAGACGUCGUCGAGCUUGCUUAUCACCUUGCCCAUUCAACGGUCCCUCCUUUGGAUGCAAUCCGUACCCUGUCUUCCGUUGGUGCUGGUGAUCUUAUUCUGAAAUGUGCAGUCAUCGAUAUUCCCACCUCCGUGCUCUUGUCGAAGGCUGGUGCUUUGCAACAGGAAAUAUCCUUGAUUGUGAGUUUCCUAGACUUUGUCGGGGGGUCCAUUAGUUGUACUACCCUGUGGCCUUGCCUUUUCUCAUGGAGGUUCCCUAAUCCGCAAAUUAGAAAUAUCUCGAAUCAUGUCUGUAAUGGGCAAUGGAAUGCAUUACGAAGUGCUGCCUGUAACAAUCACUUGGACGUGUUGAAUCUGCUGAUUGGUUUAGAGCGUUCUUCAAGGGCUGGUCAUCGUGACAUCGUCAGUCGCCUUCUGAAAGCACAUGCUUGUGUCGAUCGGAAAGAUUCAGAAGACCGUACUGCUCUCAUGGCUGCUGCUUUUAUGGAUCACUGGGAGAUUGUAGAUUUGUUGCUUGAUCACGGGGCCAAAAUCUCUGAAACCGACUCUGCUGGAGCUACAGCACUACAUUUGGCCCUUUCAAAUGGUUCCAAGACAGAAGCCCACGAUAAGACUGUCCAGACGUUGAUACGAAGAGGAAGCGAUUUGACAUUGGCUGAUGCUCAUGGACGGGUUUGUAUCCACCUAGCUGCUUAUCAUGGUGACCGGAAUUUGAAGGCCUUGAUAGGUGCAACUUGUACUGAUGUGCAGGUAAGUGAUUCCCUCGGACGGACUCCAUUGAUGCUCGCUGCAAGUCAAGGCCAGUUGGAAGCUGUGGACUUAUUAACAAAAAGUGGUGCAUAUAUCGAUUGCAUCGAUUCGGAUGGCCGGACGGCAUUUCAGCUGGCAGCUAUCCACGGCCAUCUACCUGUCGUUGAUAUGCUUCUCGGACUUGGCGCUGACGAAGCUCAUAAGGACAACGAUGGUGCCGUCGCGCUACAUUACGCCGUGGCUCACGGUGAUGUCACGCUCUGUAGAGCUCUAGCCACCAAAGCCACAGUACGGGCUACAGAUCGAGCUGGAAAUAGUCCGCUCAUGAACGCUUGUCAAGGAGACAAUGAGGAGGUCUCAAAUCAAGUUUUUGCAAAACCUCAAAACCCUCUACCCAGAAAAUCAACCAUUAACUUUUCAGGUAGUCGAAGACUGCUUGCCGAACAUAUAACUGACUGGGAACAGCAGGAUAUGGAUGGAACCCCACUUGUACAUACUCUACUUAUCAAUAAACAGGUAUGCGCUAUAAACGAUAUGUGUGGUGCUCGAAUGCUUCGACGUCUCGCAGCAUCGUUCGAAGCUGUGGAUGCCGGUGGUCGAACUCCGUUGUUGACAGCCGUAUGGAAUUGCCAUUUGGAAAUGACCGCAUACCUUCUCGAAACGGUCGGUGUCAAUCCGAAUGCCGUCGAUGAGCAGGGAGCAUCUGCCCUAUCAGUGGCUGCACAGCAGGGAAAUCGUGAAUUGGUAGUGCUGCUGCUACGAAUGGGUGCCGAACCAUCAUUGAAAGAUCUCGCAGGUCGAACAGCUUUAGAUGUAGCUACAAUGUACGGGCAUGAUACAAUCCGAGCAGUGCUUCAGUCAGCAAGCGGCUCAGCUGAUUCGUCAGGAUUUGGUAGCGUACCGAAUUCUCCGUUGGAUUUCAGGUCUUUAGGCCGGAAAUCGCUACGAAAAUCACAGAAGAUGGCGGUGACCAGUCCACGACUGCUCAAAAAACCUGUGUAA